AUGACGGAUGUACUGCCCCCUUCGACUAUUCAGGAUUUAAUAACGGGCCUCAAUCAACUUAUUCGAGCGGAGAUUCCAUUGGACAAGAAAGCGCAGAUAAUCGUGGAAUAUUUCAAAUCUUACAAGAACAACGACUGGGAAAAGUACGCUUUCUGGGAUGAUUUCCGAUACACACGAAAUCUGAUCGAGGAAAUAGACGGCUGCUAUUCCCUCAUCCUCAUGUGCUGGCCAGAAGGAAGCGCUAGCAGGAUUCACGAUCAUCCAAACGCGGAUUGUAUAAUGGCAUAUCGGCACCUAAUAAAAGUCCAGCCUUGCGAAGAAACGACCGCAACAAAAGGCGAUGUUCUUCAUAUGAAUGAUUCGAUGGGGGUGCAUCGAGUUGAAAAUGCAUCAUCAAGUGAGCGGGCUGCAACUCUUCAUUUUUAUUUUCCAUGCAUCCACGAAUGCCUGAUUUUUGCUGAAGACACUGGCAAGUCAACCAAGAAAAAGGUGAAACGAGUUAGACCUGGUAUCAAGCCCAAGAAGUCGGAUAAAGAAUUGACGAAGGAGGAGCUUGCGGUUCGUGAAAGAAGACGAAAGCGAAACAAGGAGGCCGCCGCAAGAAAGCGAAGAGAGUUCAAAGAAAAUGUCGCGAAAUACGAAGCUCAAAUAAAAAAUCUCGAAGCUGACAACAACAACAUCGUAAAUGAACUUGCUGAAAUGAAGGAGCAAAUAAGAAAAAUGAAUGCAGCGCUUCAAAAUCAUUCUUGCGCCGAGCACCAGCAAUUCUUCCCAGCAGAGACAAGUUUCUAUGGAGGUCUCACCGAAGCGUUCGAAGAAAACCAGGCUCCAGAUGAUCAGAAGCAACCUGCUACUCCAGAGAAGAUGGCCGUCCCAAUGAGCAUCUUCGAUGAAUUCGGAAUCUUCGUUGAUGAUCUUUGCAGCAAAGAGCACGUCGCACCAGCGAAUAACGGUUCUCAGCAAAAGUCUUACUCCGACAUUGGUGAAAUUCUUGGCUUUGAUGUCGCCAGCAAGAUGCCAGCAAUGCAAGCAAACCCACCAUCAUAUGAAGAAACCCAGCAGAUGUUCUUUUCACACCCGUGCGUCAACGAGAUGAGCGCAAUGGAGUUGGAAAAUUUGUUCGCCUAA